AUGGCUUACACUACUCUGAUCAAUCUCUUCCUUUUCUCAACGCUUUUAGCUCUGGCCAGUAUUCCAGCAGUAACCAUGGCAAGGCCUGGAGCUUCAAUUCCGACGACGGCGAGUGUAUCGAACCUCGCGGCGAGGUUAAAACUGGAGGAGGAAUCAUCCAACUGUUGGGACUCUUUGAUCCAGCUUCAAGCAUGCACUGGAGAGGUCAUUCUGUUCUUCCUCAAUGGCGAGACCUACUUGGGCCCUAGCUGUUGUGAAGCCAUCAGGACCAUUGGACAACACUGCUGGCCUGCCAUGUUUUGCUCCCUAGGGUUUACCACUGAAGAGACUGAUGUUCUCCAAGGCUACUGCCUCGGAGAAGCCCGGGGUUCUGCCUCUUCUCCGCCACUGCCGCCUCCGUCGCCGCAGUCCAUUUAG